AGACAAAAAAAAAACACUUCUUUAGUUUACUUAGCUUCCGACAAAGGUCCCACCUCCUUGUCUUCGUUGCUCCAUCCUUCUGUCUGAUUCUGAUCUAAUCUCUUCUUAUUUCACUUCGUCUCUCUCUCUUUCUAUCUCCCAAUAUCUGAGUUGGGUAUUCGUUACUAUUAUUUUUUGAUUCGUCUUCUUCUUGUGUUUUUACUUUCUCCCAAAAGUAUCGAACUUUGAAAAGGCAUUGGUGAAAAUCUUUACUUUGACAAGUGUUUGUUACACUAUUUUGGAAUCAACACGAUUUUUGUGGGCUAUCUUCACUUUUUCAGGAUUCUUUCUGAUGAGCAUUAAUGAUUAGAUAUGGAAGUUGGUAUCGCCAGUAGUGAAGAUAAGAUAAUGACCGCUGAUUCAUCGAAUCAAGAACUGCAAGUGUCUGUUUCGUUUGGUAAGUUUGAGAAUGAUUCACUUUCGUGGGAGAAAUUUUCGUCUUUCUCUCCAAACAAGUACUUGGAAGAAGUGGAGAAGUGCGCAAUGCCAGGAUCAGUAGCUCAGAAGAAAGCUUAUUUCGAAUCACAUUACAAGAAGAUCGCUGAGAGGAGAGCCGAUAUCAUCACGGAGCAGGAGAAACUAUUGGAGAGGAAUGCAUCUUUCAGGCCGAGUGUUCAGCACCGAGAAAAAGCUUACGACAGUGACAAUGACGAGGCAGUGAUGAUUGAGUCUAGUGCUUGUUAUGGAUCUAAUGGUGAAAGUACUUCAGAAAAAGAUAAUCUUGUUGCCAGCAGUGCCACUGAGGUGAAUGAAAUGUUUAUCCAUGAGCUUCUUGAAGAAACCAUGGACUUCGAGGAAUGUCAAAGCUCGGCUGAUGCAGGGCACGAUCUGAAUACCUUGAAGUUGGAGAAACUUGAAGAGAUUGUCCAAGUGGAGGAUAAAGAGAAACCAGAAGAAGUUGUUUGUAUGAAGGAAGAUAUAAAAGAAGAAGUGAAAGAAGAUAUUUCAUCAAAGGAUAUACGUGAAAAGAUUGAAACACCAAUGAGGGAGACAAAGAAACAGAAAGAUCAUAAUCCAAUCAAGAAGACAGAUAAAAAUGUGCAAACAAACCAUAUGAGAGGCUCUCCCAAGCCUAAUCAGUUGACCAAGAACCAGAUCACGAGCAAGGUUGUAACCAGUAGGAAAACUCAACCAAGCAAGGAGAAAAACGUGAUAAAAGCAACAAAUAAAGCAGCAUCACCUGUCUCAAAGGCUUCAGGGUUUUCAACUCCAAGAGUGUCCAAGCCACCUUCAACAAUCAGUUCAAUCUCUACUUCUCGCCCUUCAGUAAAGAAGGAACAUGUCUCAACAUUACCGAGAAAGAAACAGACCGCUCCAAAGUCAUUGCAAGUUCCUCUUAAUCCAGAUCAGUCAGGUUCCGAUCCCACUGCUCUAGCAACAACAAGAAAGUCCUUGAUUAUGGAACGUAUGGGAGAUAAAGACAUCGUAAGACGUGCAUUUAAGACUUUUCAGAAGAGUUUUGACCAAUUGAAACCUUCUGGUGAUGAACAAGAUACAACUCCAAAGCAGGUUCCUGCAAAGGCAACUGCUGUUUCGAGGUUAGCUACUAGUAGUCAGAAAAACAGCAGACUUACAAAGCCAGAUGGAACGGAGAGAAAAAGUUCGAACUCUCACCGUUCUUCAUCUUUUGCAUCAAAAAGCAGCGGAACAACAGAGAAACAGAAGGAGCCUUCCAGGUUUAGUGCAAGAGCUGUAGAGAGGAUACAGUUACAGGCCAAACCAAAGGCAGAAGCAACCAAUGUGAAAACUCGGAGACAAAGUCUAGAUCCAAAAGCAAAAACCAUGCAAGGACCCUUCCCAAAAGACUCUUUACACAAAGUACUAUGAUGUGGCAGUCAUCAUUUCAAGAACCUUACUGUAACUGAUGAGUAUUGUUUUUGUCUAAUAUCCUGGAGGGCUCCAUGGUACUGAGUCUGAAGUGCAAAGCCAAGAGCUCCACCAACAUUUUUUCAGAAAAAAAAAAAAGAUAUAUAUCUCAUAAAUUUCAGGCAGCACUUAAGAGGUAAAGAUUCAAUAAAGUUUCCAGUGUUAGUGAUGUGAGUGAAAGUAUUACUACUACAGUCUUCUGUAAAUUUAUCUGUAUAGAGUUCUGUAAACGUGAGGAUGAUGCUGUUAACAUACUUGAAUAUCAAUCAUAUUAUUUCUCCUGGAA